AUGAAUGAAUCUACCGUGAAACAUGGGAAAAAAACAGCGAAAUUUGGACCCGUAAAUGAUGAUUCAAUUGAGAAGCGAACAUUUUCAGUGGAAGGAAUGACAUGUGCUUCAUGUGUUGCAUACAUAGAACGAAAUAUUGGAAAAUUGAAAGGUGUACAUUCUGUAGUCGUAGCUUUGAUGUCAUCAAAAGCGGAAGUGGUAUACGAUUCACUGGUAAUCGCUGCCGAACAUAUAGCUGAUGAAAUCAGCAUGCUAGGAUAUCGUGCUGCGAUCAUCGAUGAUGGAUUCGGAAAUCAUUCAGUGUUAAAUUUGCUGAUUACUGGAUUAUCAUCAGGAAUCUGUGUGCAACGAAUUGAGUCACAUGUCGUUGCGAGGAAGGGGAUCGAAUCAUGUUCUGUUUCAUUAGCAACAUCCUCUGCAAAGAUUGAAUACACUUCUACAUUUAUUGGUCCACGUGAUAUUAUCAAAGUGAUCGAGGAUUUGGGAUAUUCAGCAGCAGUUGCAUGUCACGAUGAACAAUUGAAGAGGCUUGAUCAUUCGGCUGAAGUAGCAAAGUGGAGAUUUUCACUGGUACUGUCACUGCUAUUUGGGAUGCCGGUGAUGGGUAUAAUGAUCUAUUUUCAUUGGUUCCUCCACACACCGAUGCAUCCCGAGAUGCAGACACCAGUAUUUACUCCUGCACUCAGUUUGGACAAUCUCAUUUUACUUGUUUUAUGCACGCCUGUGCAGUUGUUUGGUGGGAAAUACUUUUAUUUGCAAAGUUGGAGAGCGGUGAAGCAUGGUUCAGCGAAUAUGGAUGUUUUAAUUGUGCUUGCGACAACUACAUCAUAUUUAUAUUCCGUAACUGUUGUUGCAAUAGCUAUUAUUUUAAGUUGGCCAAGUAGUCCGAUGACAUUUUUCGAUGUUACACCAAUGCUUAUAACAUUCGUAUCGUUAGGUCGAUGGUUGGAGCAUAAGGCAAAGGGUAAAACGUCAGAAGCUUUGAGUAAACUGAUGUCACUGCAAGCAAGAGAAGCAGUAUUAGUCACUCGAGAUAACGAUGGACGUGUUUUAUCUGAGGAAAAUAUUAAUGUCGAAUUGGUUCAAAGAGGUGAUCUAUUGAAAGUUGUUCCGGGUGCCAAAAUUCCUGCUGAUGGAAUUGUUGUAGAUGGUAAAAGUGCAGCAGAUGAAUCAUUUGUAACUGGAGAAUCGAUGCCUGUUGUCAAGAGAGAAGGAAGCACAGUAAUAGGUGGUUCCGUCAAUCAACAUGGGACAUUGUUGAUACAGACAACUCAUGUUGGUCAGGAAACAACCUUGGCACAAAUUGUACGUUUGGUUGGGGAAGCACAAACUUCUAAAGCGCCAAUACAGCAAACAGCUGAUCGAAUAGCCGGCUUCUUUGUACCACUGGUCAUUGGUUUAGCAACAUUAACACUUGUUACCUGGAUUAUUCUUGGUUUCUACAUUGUGGAUAUGGAGUAUACGGAUCAAAGGACAAAGAUGGAAAUCAUACUGAAGCGCGCUUUUGAAGCAGCCAUCACAGUGUUAGCAAUAGCAUGUCCUUGUUCACUAGGCUUGGCAACACCGACAGCAGUGAUGGUUGGUACAGGUAUCGGUGCUGUUAAUGGAAUACUCAUUAAAGGUGGUGAACCGUUAGAAAUGGCCCAUAGGAUCACAACAGUUGUUAUGGAUAAAACUGGCACCGUAACCAAAGGUCGUCCACGAGUAGUAGUAAUUCACACGUUGAUUCUGGAAAAUCAUUUAUCACUACUGAAAUUAUUCGCAGCCAUUGGUUCGGCUGAAUCAAACAGCGAGCAUCCAAUUGCAAAUUCAAUUACUUCUUUUGUAAAAGAAUGGUUAAAUACGAAAGAAUGGGCCACUGUGCGACGAUUUCAUGCAUCAGCUGGAAAUGGAAUUGUUUGUGAAGUGCGAAAAAUUGAUGAUAUGUUGCAUAGUACAGCACAAAAGGAGGGAUCCCAGAUUGAUUCGAUAAUUAAAUUAAACAGUGGUGAUGUCAAGUUAAUUAGGAACGAACAUUACGGUAUUAAUAGAGAUAUAUUUAAUGAUAAUAAGCCACUUCGAGUUGUAAUCGGUAACGAACGAUGGAUGAUGAAAAAUGCAGUUCCAGUUGAUGAAUAUGUUGGAAAUCUUAUUAAGGAGGAGCAGAUAGCUGGUCACAUAUCUGUUAUGUGUGCAAUAAAUGGUUACCUUGUCGCAAUAAUAAGUAUCGCAGAUAUAGUGAAGGACGAAAGUGCUCUUGCUGUUUGGGCUCUGCAGCGUAUGAAUAUCAGAGUAAUACUCUUGACCGGUGAUAAUGCUCGUACUGCAGAGACAACCGCUAGACAAGUUGGUAUCCGUGAAGUAUUUGCUGAGGUUUUACCAAAUCAAAAGCGAAUAAAAAUUGAACAGUUGCAGGGAAGGAAAGAGCGGGUAGCGAUGGUUGGUGAUGGAAUAAAUGAUAGUCCAGCUUUAGCUAGUGCUGAUGUUGGCAUUGCUAUUGCAGCCGGUUCAGAUGUUGCAAUUGAAAGUGCAGGUAUCGUCUUAGUUAAGAAUGAUCUUAUUGAUGUGGUAGCAGCGAUUGAUUUGUCGAAACGGACGACACGUCGUAUACAACUUAAUUUUUUAUUCGCUGUACUAUACAACAUUAUUGGUAUCCCUGUCGCUGCCGGUGUUUUCAUGCCUUGGGGUUUUGCAAUUCAACCGUGGAUGGCAGCAGCAGCAAUGGCUUUAUCGUCCGUCAGCGUUGUCGUUUCGUCCUUGCUACUAAGACUAUAUAGGAAGCCAACUCAGCAAAGUUUGGCUUGUGCAGAGUUUUAUAAACAUCAAGCACGCCUAGCAAUGGGUGAUUGGCCGGUUGCUGUACAUCGUGGUUUAGAUGAUUUUGCGGUAAGACGAUCGUUAUCGAAACUAUCAUUCAGUUCAAUUAUUUCAACAAUAACCUCGAUGUUCGAUUCACAGCAGAGUAUAAAUCGUAUUACACCAUUCGAUAGAAAACUUUUGCUUCAACGUAAGUCAACCGCUGGUUCACUGGACUCACCGAACACUGCACUUAUUAUCUAAAACUUCUACCCUCAUUGCUUCU